AUGAGUUCUUCUCCGAAUCACAGAGACUCGCAGCCCGGGCUCGAGCUCGCGCCUUCUUCCGACCCGGAGGUUGUUCACCGCCCGAGCGACCCUUAUCCCAUAGCCGUGCCUGGUCAGGCACCCGUACCCUAUGCAAAUGGAGGGAGUCUGUAUACCGUAGAUGGAUCGCACGGCUCGCCGCCAAGUACCUACGCUUACGCCAAUGGGGAGAAGGCGUUACCACCGCAGUCGUCAGUCUUCGAAUCGGGAACAGGAGCGGCGGCAGGGGCGGCUUCGAGGAAAAAGCUAUGGAUCAUGGUCGGGGUUCUAGCAGCGGUCGCCGUGAUCAUAGGCGCAGUCGUCGGCGGUGUAGUAGGGAGUAAGUCAUCAGGGAGCGGGGCAAAGGCGGCCGAAAACUCAGGCUCGACAUCGUCGCCUAGUAAUAGUAGCAGCACGGACGCAAGCGUAAACACGACGGCUGUGCGACCGUUAACGAGGCUCUCGGUGACGGGGCGGCGGUUGGCGGGGGACGGGUUCACGUCGCGGCUUUUCUGGCAGGGCGGCGACAACCACAUCCGCACGUCCAAGUACACGAGUACGGGAGGGGAGUGGUCGACGCCGCUAGUAUUCAGCGGGCUCGACGCGAAGCCGGGCACGCCCAUCCCCGCGACCAUUUACAUGCUGUACCCGCAAUUCGAGGUGUUCUACCUGGACUCCAAAAACACGUUCCGGGGCGUGAACUUCGGCGAGGACGAGACGGCGCCGAAGACCGACAGCAUCGAGACGGACCGGCCGGCCUUCACCGUCGACGACGGCACGAAGAUGUCCGCGUACUGGCCGUACAUCAUCUACCAGAACCCGAAUUCGACGUUCCGCCGCCAGGUCUACGAUUCCAGGGGUCGGGGAUAUUUCAACGAUACUAUGCAAGGGUGGUUCAACCCCGAUGUGGUACCGCUCGGCGACAACAGGACGGGGAUUGCGGUAGUGCCCACGGUGAAAGAGUUUAAGGGACCGUAUGCCGCAGGUAUCGCGUAUCGAGACCAGGACGGCCGUCUAUCCGUGUUCUCGUUCGGAGGCGACGAUACGGGGAUUUCCUGGGACACUGGAAGCCCCAACGUCUCGAUACCAGCACAAACGUCCAUCGCCGCGCUUGCGGUCGGACGCCCUAACAGCAACUCAACAAAUACGUGGAUCUUAUACCAGGACGAGGCCAAUAAGAUCCAGUGCGUCUACCAGGAUGACGCGAACGGGUGGAAAGGGCCCCAGGAGGUAGGCGACGCGGACGCGGGCACGGAUAUCGCGUGCCUGACGGAAUCGGUCCUCGACGAACCUGAUCAGAUAUUGCUGUCGGAGCAGACGGAUAUGAGGCGGUGUUAUUACCAGUACAAAGGCGCGAUUCAGGAAAAGCGGCUUACUUCUUCUACUUGGAUAGAUGGGGACACAAUUCCAAUGCAAUAG